GAUACGGUUAACACAGAACACUGCCUUUUCUGUUGUGAGAGCUUUCUGAUCUGAAGGGAUGUUUGCGUGUGUGAAAUUGCUAUGUUGCCUGGUACUUCUAAUCAACACAGGUGUUCAAAUGAGCCUCGCUGAAACCGAUAACAAAAUGCAGGGAAUACCGCGCAAAGAUGAUCCGCUGAACCCCUACAGCAUCGCCGAUGGUGACCUAUCCACGAGGAUUGGAAACUUGGACAGACAGGCUUUUAAGCGACAAAAUAAUCCGUCGACAGAAUCUUGUAGACAAGAAUUCCAAGAGUUCCCGAAUCACACGAUGUGUCUGCCGGACCACCCAUGGGUUAAGAAUACUGGGGUCUCGGGGAAGGACAGGGGCAUCAUUGUGGAUAUGCACAAUCAGAUCCGUGCUAAUGUUCAACCACCAGCGGGGAACAUGCAGAAAAUGGUUUGGGACAACAGACUGGCAGAAGUGGCUCAGAAAUGGGCCCAGGUCUGCCAAGAUAAUCAUGACGAAGUGCGGAAUUUACCCGGCGUUCGCGCAAGCGUUGGUCAGAACGUCUUUGACAGUAACCGUAACGUGGGGUGGGAGACAGUUCUGGGCACCUGGGCUCAGGAGGUGAACAACUUCAAAUAUGGGCAGGACCCUGAAAAGUAUCUACCUGACAUUGGCCCAAGCAAAUACAAAAUGAUUGGCCAUUAUACACAGCUAGUAAAGGCUGAAUCUUCUCGAAUUGGCUGCGGAUACGCAAAAUGUCCAAACCUUCAUCACAGGCACCGCUACGUCUGCAAUUACGCUCCGGGUCAAAAUGCGAAGGACUUGAGAGAGCCGUAUGAAGCCGAUAAGCGAUGUUCUCAGUGUGGAGCUUUCUGUAAUGGAGGCCUAUGUGAUUGUGGCGGGCUUGUUUGUGAGAACCACAGCAAGAUGAAUGCCUCUGUCUGUGCCUGUAACUGUCAUCGUACUUUCUCUGGACGAGAUUGUGCCAAAGUAAAUUGUCAUCUAGGAGAUAACCUAUUGGUCUGCCCUUCGGCGGAGCCGUCCUUUUGUUCAUAUUACACAAACGUCCCCCAGGAAUGUCCGCACAUGUGUGGACUUUGUUCAGCCAACCCGCGUGUCACGGUAUCUCCCACAGAUGACUCUACGGCUGAGGAAAUCACCGCGACGUCACCACGGCCGUCCCCACCCGAACCUAUUCCGACAAGUGAGCUCCAUGUCUCGAGCGGGCUAGAUAAACAAGACAGAAAAAUGCUACUCCGGAAGCACAACAGGCACAGAGAUGGCGAGCCCCUGGUGUGGGACAACACUCUGGAAGAGCAAGCCCAACUGUGGGCUAAUCAGUGUAAGCCUCGCAAAGACCCAAACCUGACGCCCCAAGGUCACUUUGACAUCGUCUACCAGCUGCGCGGCUUGGGAUACAGAUCGUGGGCGGACACGUUCGAUACCUGGAAAAGCCUGCCGGAUUUCUUAGAGGUAGUAGGACCGAAUGUAACUAGUAUAGGAUGUGGAUUUGCCGAAUGCGAGCACAAACGCAAGCGGUUCUACUUCUGUAAUUACGGAGGCAAUGAGCCCGAGGCAGGCGGGAGGAAAAACCAUGGCUCUAACAGUACAACUCCGGUCAACACCACCAGGCCAGGGAAUGAAUCUGUGGGAGCUGGUUCAAAUAUCACCGUAAAUGACGAUUCUGGUUGUGGAUCACCAGAGUUGGAGGUCUGUCAGAGCUUCACCCCUGCUGACUGUGACCAGUGGCGUGACCUACCCAGCAUCUGCCCACAUUUGUGUGACCGCUGCAGAGAAUCUAAAACCACAAAGUGCACCGGUGAAGACAACGCAGUGUGUUCUCUGUUGUCCGAUAAGGACUGUCUUCGUAAGAAGUUAGAGUACAUACAACUCUGUCCACGGCGUUGCGGAUUGUGCCAUGGGAAGUCAUCAUAACAGAUGUUUCCAAUAAUGGUCGUCAAGAAAAAGGUCUUCGGAAUCGGUUGUCUCAAUAUUUUAAAGAACACAUGUAUUGGCUUUUUCGAUUCUACUGACUUUCAUGUUUCCACUUGCUAAGUGUAUUGUUGAACUGUGUUGACAACUCAUUUCGAUGAUACCGACCAGGUAUUUCUGAUUUCAAGAUUCGCUCGAUAUAUUUAUUUGCCGAAUCGUUAAUACAUUGGGACUAAUGGGGAUCGGGAACCGAUUCUCCUGCUUAUAAAGGCUAUGUAAUUCCUUCUGCUCUUCGAGAUGCAUUCUUGUAGACGCUGCUGAAUGUGAUACCCAGUUAUGUAAAACUUGAACCGUUGUACAAGUAUAAAUACGUCAGCAAACUUACUUUUAAA